AUGACAAAAUGGGGCGAAGAAUUAAAAGAUAAUUCGAUUCAGAAAUUUCAAGAUAUUUGUAAAGUCUAUUUGCAUCAAUUAGAGGAACAACGUUCAACAGAAACAGCGGUGGCGCAACAAGGACGAGAAAAUCCUGGCCCUGAAAAGUCGGACUUUGUAAUUGAUUUUGAUGCCAUGUACGCAGUAAAUCCUACCCCUGCCGAAGGAGAAUGGAUGCAGGAGCUUCAAAAAUACUAUUCAAUUCCCCCGGUAACUACCGGUGUGGAUGAGGGGGACCUGCGCAUUAUCACCCAGUUAUACUGGAACCAGACUGCAGAGAUCAGGGCGGAUGGCGGAACAUCUGUUGAAGUAGCAAUUAGGAAAGGCGUCAGGCAGGGGUGUGUAUUAUUGUCCCCACUCCUUUUCAACAUCUACUCCGAGGUGGUAUUCCGUGAGGCACUAGAGAGCGUUGAGGAUAGUAUCAAAAUCAAUGGUACACUGAUCAACAAUAUUCGCUUCGCAGAUGAUACGGUCGUACUGGCUGGCAACAUUCUACACCUUCAGAACAUGACGGACUGCAUCGUUGAACAUAGCAUGCAGUACGGAUUACAAAUCAAUGUUAACAAAACUAAACUUGUUGUAUUUUCCAAAACACCGGGAAAGACUGUCCUCAGAAUUAACAACAAGGUGGUAGAACAAGUAUCGUCCAUAAAGUAUCUAGGAGCCCUAGUUAACGACGCUUGCGACUCCAAAAUUGAAAUUUUAGCGAAGAUCGAACAGGUCAGACGUACUUUUGCUUCCAUGAAAAUCCUCUUCUCCAACCAAGAUUUAAGCCUCGAACUGCGCAUACGUAUUCUGCGUUGCUACAUCUUUCCAGUAUUUAUCCACGGCUCUGAGAGUUGGACACUCAAUCAGACAUUGGAAAACCGCAUUAACGCUUUUGAGAUGUACUUGUAUCGUCGUAUGCUGCGUAUAUCCUGGAUGGAUAGAGUGACAAAUGAGGAGGUACUCAGGCCGAUGGGCAAAGAUGAAGAGCUCCUAUCAACAGUGAAGGAAAGGAAGUUACAGUACGUCGCUCACAUCAUGAGGGGUGAUCGAUACGAGGUGCUCAGACUGGUCAUCGAAGGCAAAACUCCUGGCUUAAGGAUCUACGUCGUUGGUUCGGAAGAACAUCGAUCGAAAUUUUCAGAGGUGCGGUUUCACGCACCAUCAUAG